AGUCCCCAGUCGGGUCUUCUUGUUUUCGUGAACUGAAUGCGACCAAAAAAGAAGGGCCAACUCUUUCUCUUUACAAAUAUAAAAGAGAGACAAUGCAACUCUCUCUUCACCCCAAUCUCUUUCUGUAAUCUUCUUUUUCAAGCCUAAGCUUGUUCUGAUUUGACUCCCUCCUAACGCUGCCUUCUACAGAUCACAGUACCUGAAGAAAACCCCUUUUCCCCCUCCUAUUCUCUUCUACUAUUUAACCCUCUUACAAUUACCAUCUGCCUACCCAAGUUUCUUUAAUUAUUUCUUUUUUGCUCUUAUCAAAGGAGAAUCUUGUAUUGGAGGCAUUGGUUCUCCAUGGGUGAAGCCCCGGCAUUCUGUUUUGACAAUCUACAAAAUGGAUUUGGUUUAAAACCCAAAGGCUUGGAGACCUCUGCCGACGUUGGUGACAAAACGUUUGUAAUUGGUGGUGGGGCAGACCAUGAUUCCACAUCAUAUAUUGGGGUUAAGAUUUAUGACAAAUCUACAGGCAAAUGGGUGAUCCCUACAGUUCUGGGAACAAAACCAAAGGCAUGUAAAGGCCAUUCGGCCAUUCUUUUGAAUGAAGAUCGAAUAAUGAUAAUUAUUAGGGGUUCCACCCCAGAUGACUGCAUUUGGUUUCUUGAGGCGGACACCAAGUAUGUUAAGGAACAGAGAAAAAUUUGGGGGACUGAAGUUGUUGCCUGGAGUAGGGGUGUGAGGGGUGAUGCUGAGAAGCCGGUUGUUAUCAGUGGUCCUUCUGGAGUUGGUAAGGGGACACUAAUAAACAUGUUGAUGAAGGAAUUCCCAUCUAUGUUUGGGUUCUCUGUCAGCCACACAACCCGUGCACCAAGGGGCAACGAGAAGAAUGGAGUUCAUUAUCAUUUUACUGACCGGAGUGUAAUGGAGAAAGAUAUAAAAGAUGGGAAAUUUCUUGAGUUUGCUUCUGUUCAUGGGAAUCUUUAUGGAACUAGUAUUGAAGCUGUUGAGGCAGUAGCAGACUCUGGGAAGAGGUGCAUUCUUGACAUUGAUGUUCAAGGAGCAAGGUCAGUGAGGGCAAGUUCUCUUGAUGCCAUUUUCAUUUUUAUCUGUCCGCCCACAAUGAGAGAGCUUGAAGAGCGGCUCCGUGCAAGGGGGACUGAGACAGAGGAGCAAAUCCUAAAACGACUACGGAAUGCGGAAGCAGAAAUUGAGCAAGGGAAAUCUUCUGGCAUCUUUGAUCAUAUAUUAUACAAUGAUAAUCUCGAGGAGUGCUAUGAGAAUCUUAAGGAACUGCUAGGGCUGAAUGGAAGUGCACCAACUAAUCAUAAGCCAUCACCCAAAGGGAUUGAUCUGCCUUCGAACCAUUCGGUGUCAAAAAUCGAUAACAAGAUCCUCAUAAAUUGUGAGACUCCGGAACUCGAGAAAGCGUCAAAGAACUUGAUUGCAUUGGAUGUGUCGUCGCUAAAAGGUGGGGCACCCGGUCGGACAAGAGGACUAAAUGUCUAUGCCCUUGAUUCAUUUUCAGAUGGCUUAAAUGAGAAACUGAGCUGACGACUGCAACCAACCCUUAACAUGGUUUUGUAUUUGACAAAAGGGGAACUAUGAUAAGAAAGCUUUAUUCUUUGCUUGUUUAAGAACCAGGAUGUAGUAUUUGAACAAUUAGCAAUUCCUACAUGGGGCAAUGAGAGAGAAUUCAUGAUUUGUGCGGCAAUGGAUAGUGUUGAGCCAAGUAGUAAGUGAAUAUAUAUUUGAUUGGAAGAUAUGGGUGGGUUUGUCUGUGUCAAUGCAAGAAAAAGAAGCAUCACAAGUUGACUAUUGAAUGGAUCAAAGGGUAGAAUAGAAUGAAACAGAUGAUAACGAAAUUUGAUCAAUGAAUUUGUUUUAUCCAAAUAAUGAAUAGAUUCCGAUUGAAGGGAAAAAUAGCUGACAGAUGUGUUUGUGGUACACAAAGAAUUUGAUCAGAUUGGGAGUCUUGAAUGAGAAUUUGUAAAAACUAAAGUUAUCUUAAUUUGGUUGCUACUUCAACUUGA